AUCCAUGGGCUGUGGACGGGAAGCGGAGACGAGACGAGAGUUCGCUUCCUUCCGAUACACUCAGCCCUUUUUUUGGUCCUGGUCAGUGUUCCUUUGCCCCUCUCACUCAAACAAAAGCUUACGUCGUCUCAUCUCACUCAUCUCAACAUUCCCACGCCAACGGUGCUAGGCCCUCACGACCCUCACAGCAGUGUUGGCUUUUUUGGCUUUCAACACCUGCUUACAACGGCCGCCAAGACCGACCUGAGGAUUCACAAGUGUGGGUUCCCACUUCCCAGGCAUUCUGUGACGAACUCUCGCGUGGCUUGGGCAACUAUCGGAAGCGAGAACGGGGACUGGACGACCGCGUCUGAAUAGCCGCCUGUUGACCAGGUCUUGGAUGUUUCUUAGACCAACAAGCGCACUCAAACUUUGGUACCAGUGUAUCACCACCUACUACCGACCUACCAUCAACUGUCUCGUGACUACCAAAGUCCUCUCUUUUCUCCGUCUAUCCGCCAGUCUGCCUACCAAACUCCGUACUGCUCACCGUCUUUCUUGUCGGAAAUGGCGAGGGAUUCAUUACUCCAGAACGUCCCCGGUCGUACAACCAAAUAGACGCCGCUUCGGGCAGACAACCGACGCCCCCCGCCAUCGUCAUUGGCCAAUCUGCAGGGAUGCGACUCGAGUCGACAAGGAUCCCAUCUGAGCCCGGCGCUUGCGCCUCUUCCCCAUCACAUAUGGCUGCCCAAAAUAGCCAACCAGAACUGGAGCUGCCUGCGACGAGGGGGUGUCCUCCUGCGUGCGACGCAUUCCUUCCUUCAAUCGCGUCUAUUGUCUGUUCCUCCAGUCACACUGCAUUGCAUAUAUGUCUGUCUAGCGGCGCCUCUUCAGACGGCCACCCAGAGACUCCAGCUUGGAUAAACCCCCUCACAAAAAAACCCAGCAACUCUAACCGUUGCACCACUUGCAACCUAAUCUAUAUAGCCGCCAUCCCUCUCUUUCCCACAUCUCGUCGAUUGCUGGUUUCCCCCCUCUUUCUGAACUGAUUUGUCUCAUCCCGGGGAUUCCAACAGUUCGGGAGGCUAAGGUCGUCACUUGACCCCUGUACGACCCAAUCUGCUGGCUAUCUAGGCUGAGCCGCAGACUCAUCAACUUAUACCACUCUUCCGGGUCCAACAUUGGCACAUCACGUGGUCACGAUGGCUACUCAGACUGGAACCGCCUCAAGAAGGCCAAAGCUGUCUCUGAGCAUCAAGACAUCACCGGCACCUCACACAAGGAUCAACAAGUCCUUUUCCGUCAUCGAUCCCAAGGACCCAACCACCUUCAACACCCUCUCCAACGUCUACGUUACUGCCAUUGAGCGGUCGACACCCACGGCGUUAGAACCGCUCACGGCCAUCAACACCUCCCAACCACAGCCCUCGCGCCUGCAGAAUGGCCCAAAGACACCCCAGUUGCGCAUCCAGACGCCCUACGCAGUCUCCUACCCUGAGACACCGUUGACCGCACACCCUCUCUCACCCGGUGUCGCAAUGGAGAUCACCUUUCCGAGCACCAUGACAGCCACCCCGCCUCUCUCUGCCGGCCCCGUAGAGCCCAACCAAGGUCCCCAAAUGUUUGGCUUCUCGCCAAUCGACACCAAGACGCCCCUCACGGCAAUCGGCCUCAUCGCCAACCAACCGGAGCCGCGCUCGCAGAGGAAACGCAACAACAACCUGACCCUCGUUGGCUCAAAGCUGCCUUACACGCAUCCUCGCUCCCUCCACAGCAUCCUCCGCAACUCGCCUCUCCCUCCGCCGAGUGCCAAAACUCCCAUCUCACCGCGCCGGCAGUCCUUGCGCUUGCAAGAAAAGGCGGCCCGCCGUGUAGCCUACAACAGCCCCAUCGAGCAGACAAUAACAACGGAAACGUACACAAAGUCCCACAUUGACCUGCUCGUCGAGGACGUCGUUUCCCCGGCAUCACCGGCGGCGGCGGCAGCAACGGCAGCAGCAGCAACGGAGACGGCACUUGCACCGGCACCGGGCCAGGAGGAGGCCAACACGGUGCUGGACCUCGCCAUGGCGUUCACGAGCGACGAGGCCCGCGACGGCGGCAUGACGCCGGGGCCGUUUGAGGAGAUGCGGCGGCGGAUGGCGGGGCUGGCGGCCAACUCGCCGCCGGUCAGCCCGUCUGGCGGUAUCAGGAAGCGGACCAAGCGCAAGGAGAAGAAGAGGCGGUGGGUGUGGACGAUUGGGAACCAGGAGGAGGACGAGGAGAAUUUGGGGGGUGCGGUGGCGGCUUUGCGGGCGGCCGAGGCGGCGGCGGCGGCGGCACAGACGCCGGUGUUGUCGGUUCCUCAAAGGAAGCCCGUGGCUGCUCGUCCCCCUCCCAUUGUGGAGGUGCAGACGUGCGGCGAUCUCCCGACGCCUAGCGUCGAGACGUUUGAGGAGGCCGCUGGUGAAGGAGAGGACGUUGAGAUGUCGGACACGAGUAGCGUCUCGUACGCGUGUUCCGAUCGGGGCUUGACGCCGGGGGAUAUGGAGAUGGACCUGACGACGCCGACGGUGCCGAAGCGUCUCGUGUCACAGUGCGACAGGCUGGGGUCGGCGGACCUAAUUAACCCGGAUACUGGGAGUCGGCGGGACACGCCUAUACCCCCUGAUAUGGUCGUUCAUUGAUCAGAGUGCGAGCUACUUAGAGGAAGAGGAGCUGGUGCGGGAUCUAAUUUGGUUGGGGUUGGACUGGACUUGACAAGAGCAAAUUGCAUCUGCGUGGUGUUUUGGGAGCGUCAUUUGAAAAUGGUGGUAUUUUUGUAGGAUUAUGUACAUGUAUCGGUUGAGGUUAUAACGAGAAACACGACGCGCUAUGAACCAUACCAUUGGUCCUCUGUUCGAUGACUGAUGUUCCUCCACGUAUUCAGCCGCGUACUGGGACGGGCAAGUGAGUGGGCGACGAUAGUUUUCUAGUCAUAGAUGUUGAUGAGCACCCUUUUCAAGAGUAUCAGUACACCCAUUCACUUCAUCAAGUUGGAAUCACUAUCAGAAUCACAAGCGAAUUCACAAUCCUGGGUCACAAUUUCGUCAAAUAUACAUGUAUGUUUGUUGACAGACCAGUGAAUAUUGUACUGACCUCUCUCGGUAUCUAGGUACCUAAGGGAAGGUAGUUGGGAGCUUGGACGUAAAGUGGCACAAACUUGUGGCGGCCAAAAGACCAGUCUGGCCAGCGACCACGAGUUCACGAACCAACACCCCUCCCUGCCUAUUCCUAAGAUACCAGACUAACAGCCGACAACGAAGCAAUGAACGGGAAAAGUUGAAACGACAAAACGAAAGAUGAGUCUGGCG